AUGCACCUUGGAGAUGGGUUCCUCAGCUAUAUCUGUUCUUGGUUUGUUCUUGAGCUUUUGGAAUGCCUUUUAUGCAAGCCGUACUUGUUCCUGAGCUUCAACAAACUCUGCCUGGCAGUAUUCAUGAUUUUGGUUGAAUCAGUUACCUCAACUGGCAUUAGUGCUCUUGUCAUUGUUGUCUACGAGCAUGUCAUCGCCACCAUUGUCUUGUCCCUUCUCGCUUUCUUCCUCGACAACAUCGACCUAUCAAAGCAUUGGGCUAAACAUGAUCCCCUCCAUAGUAUUUAUAAUGGCCCUCAUCUUCCGCCAAGAAAAUCUCAGAUUUUGGAACAUCAUCGGACAGGCGAAGAUAUGGGGUCUACUCCUCUCGGCUGCCGGAGCAUUGGCUGUAGUGUUGUGGAAGGGGCCAGUAGUUCUAACCUCUACGUUGGGUCGUGUACUUCAGUUCUACCAAGCAGAACUAUCCUUAACUGCGAUGAUGAGCUUAUUUGGCACAAUCCAAACUGCCUUAGUCUCUGCAUUUGUGAUAUCAUCGUCAUCUUGGAAACUAAAGUGGGAAGGAGGGCUUGUCUUGGUCACCAUAUUACUUGGGGGGGUCAUGAUAUAGAGCACGCCGAGCGUGCUCUAUAUCUUUACCCUACUUGGGUUUUGGGUGAAUUGCAAGGAGUUAAGGUGACAGGGUUAUCUUAUUAUGUGAUGACAUGGGCCAUUAAGAAGAAGGGUGUUGUGUUCGAAGUAGCAUUUAACCCAGUUCUUGUCGUUUUCUCGUUUCUUCUACAAACAUUUUUACUGGGAAAUUCUGCACAUUUGGGCAGCAUCAUAGGAGGAGUUUUUGUUAUAUUGGGCCUUUACCUAAUUCUAUGGGCAAAAGCCAAUGAUAUGGAGGAGGAAAGGACUGUGGCGGAUGAUUCCGCUUACUCUCUCCUUAGUUCAACCAUGAAAGUGGAAGGCAAGAGUUCAACAAUGCUACCUACCCAAAAAAGAGUUCAACAAUGA